AUUCCUACUCAAAGGAUGGACAAGGACGACAGGAAGCAAAAGACCUUUGUGUCAACUUUUCGGUUGGCCCUCAAACCUCAAGCCAGACCGUUCUGUGUAAAGAAGGAUGGGCUGGACACCACUGAUAGAGCAUUACUGGGAAACAACAAACAGGAAUUCACAUCUGCGAAAGACUCCAGAUUUAACCCCGUCCAGACGCUGGUAAAGCCUCACUUCAAACAACCACUCAGCGACCGAACAGUCUGUAAAGGAAGUGAUGCUACUUUUCAAGGUGUUAUCAAAGGAAGUCAGCCUGUGAGCGUUUCCUGGCAACACAAUGCAGCAAUAAAGGGAAUCCCCAGAGCGAGCAACAAUGAUCUGCAAAGUGAGGACACAGUUAAGGCUACAACACCUGGAAAGAACAACUUGUCCUCAGGAUUUGAAGGGAAAAGGCAGCAAAGAAAGGAAAAUGACAAAGCUUGCACACCUGUUAGUCCACCUGCUUCCUCAGUCUCCACAGGCAUCAGGGACACUAGCCUUUGCAGAGAAGUCUCCACUAGCAAAGCACCUCCAGUGGAGUUUGUGAACCCACCUGAGCAGGUUGAGGUUCGAUUAGGAGAGCAGGCCUCGCUGCACUGUGAGUUCAGGAGCAGCUCUGUCCCUGUGGCCUGCUGCUGGAUUUUCAACAAAGACAAGGUGGUGGUAGGAGGGUCAAGGAUGUCUGUAAGGAGCAGUAAGACACAAAGCAGUGUGGAGUUCUUGAAGGCCUGUCCGGAAGACACAGGCUCGUAUACUAUCGUAGUACGGAACAGAAAAGGCUCUGCCCAGCAUACAGUAUCUCUCAGUGUCAUAGACCGGCCCGACCCUCCUGCAUCCCAACCUGUUGUGUCCCAGCUCUCCACUCAGUCCCUGGUCCUGUCCUGGACGGGUCCCAGCUAUGACGGAGGAUCGGCUGUGUUGGGCUAUAUCGUUGAGGUCAGACAGGAGGAAGGCCCGGCCAAGCCGGGGAGCUGGACUGAAGUCUCAAGCCGCUGUAAAAGCACAUCCUACCACGUCCGCUCAGGCCUCGAGCCUCAGGGGCAGUACCGCUUCCGUGUCAGAGCGUACAACUCAGCAGGAGUCAGCGAGCCAAGCCAGGAGUCUGAGUGUGUCAGGAUGGCAACUGCAAAGCAAAAAAAGGAAGAGCCUGUGUCGUACAUCACAGUGACCAUUGACACCAAGCAUAUGGUCAAGGAUCACUACAAUGUGCAUGAGAAGCUGGGAGCUGGGAAGUUUGGCGAGGUGUUCCGGUUGUCCCACAAAGAGACGGGUCAAAAGUGUGCAGGGAAGUUCUACAGAGCCAGGACCUCGAAGGACAGGGAGGCGGCUCGCAAAGAGAUUGAAUUAAUGAACUGUCUUCACCAUCCAAAACUUGUCCAAUGUCUGGCUGCCUAUGAUAAGCGCCCAGAGAUGGUUAUGGUCAUGGAGUAUAUUGCAGGUGGAGAGCUCUUUGAACGCAUUGUGGACGACAACUUUGAGCACACAGAGCCAACCAGUGCCCGCUACAUGCAGCAGAUCCUGGAGGGAAUGCAGUAUGUCCACAAGCAGAACAUCGUCCACCUGGACAUCAAACCAGAGAACAUCGUCUGCGUGGACACAACCGGCACCCAAAUCAAGAUCAUUGACUUUGGCUUGGCUAGUAAACUGGAGGAGGAUAAACCUUUGAUGGUGAUGCAUGGCACGCCGGAGUUUGUGGCCCCUGAAGUGAUCAACUACGAGCCUGUGGGCCUGGAGACGGACAUGUGGAGCAUUGGAGUCAUCUGCUUCAUCUUGCUAAGUGGAGAAUCACCCUUCCAGGGGAACAAUGAUGCAGAGACUCUUGCUCUUGUGACUGCUGCCAGCUACGAGUUUGACGAAGACAGUUUUGAGGACAUCUCUGAUCAAGCUAAAGACUUCAUCAGCUCCCUGCUGAAGAAAGACAGGAGAUGCAGGUUGUCAUGUACCGAGGCCCUCGCCCACCCAUGGAUGGUCUCUUUUACCCCUCUGAACCGGAGACCCACCAAAUCCCUCAACAAGGGGAAGAUGAAACGCUUUCUGGCCAGACGCAAAUGGAAGAAAACUGGAAAGGCUGUUUUGGCCCUACAGCGGAUGGCUAACCUCUCCAACAGGCCAGACUCCCCUGGCAGCUCCUCAGAGGAGCCAGGCUGGAGCCAAGAGGCAGAGGAGGCCAUCCAGUCUUUGGAGAAGCAGCUUCAGAGUGAACCCCACUUCCAGCAGGCCCUGAAGGACAUCACCCUAACCAAAGGAGCGACUGCUCAGCUAACAUGCAUUGUUGAUGGCUACCCACAGCCAGAAGUGAAGUGGCUGCAGAACGAGAAGCCAGUGUCUGAAUCAGACAGAGUGACCAUGGAGCAACAUGAAGGGCUCUGUGCUCUGGUUGUAGCUGAUUUGAAGCCAUCAGACUCUGGGGUUUAUGUGUGCAAGGCCAGCAACAAGCUGGGGGAAGCAAUGUGCUCUGCCAAACUUAAAGUGGAGGAAACAACGUAAGAUUUUAAAUUUGACAGAAGAAUUUCCGGAAGUGGAUUGACUCUGUGAAGCUCUGACUUUCUCAUAUUACGGAGAGACUAUUUUUCACUGCCACACAAAAGGCUGCUCACACAAGAUUUCAAGGCCAACAGGGUGUGUUGUGUUUUUCCAUCAUCACAAGGACAAUAAGGUUUUGACACACAUACCUAGAGCCCUUUGAUACACAAGUCACCAUUACCAUUGCACUUCAUUCUUAUUAUUUACUGAAUAUGUUCAAGUUAUGCACAAAGUUUUAUACUAGUUGUUCUGAAGUAAUGUUAAAUAGGGUUUUAGCUUAGCUCAGCAAAAUGAUAUAAAUCACAUGAAAUUUGUUCAAUUUGCACAUUUUGAUAUGGUUAUAUUUUCAAGGCAUUGACAUUAAAGGAAGAAUUUUACAAAAAAUGA